CCUGCUCUAUUUUUAGGCUGAGUCUUGGUACAAAUUUUUAUACAACACAUUGCAGUUAGAGAAUAGAGAAUAGCAGACAACACCUUACAGAGAACAGCAUGCAAUAUAGAUUACACACGAUAUGUGAUGGCAGAAAUAGCAUACUACAAUGAAAGCACUUUACAUUUACAGAGAAAACAGUACAUUAUUUACACGUGUUACAAUGCAGAGAAUAAAUGUAUGUUGUAUUCAGGUAUAACUACGAUCUGAGGUACAUUUAUGACUCGGUGGAGCAUACCUCUCAACUGUCCAGAUUUUCGCCUUGUAUUUCUGGUCUGUUCAUCAUAAAAUUUGCAGUUUGCUGGCAAAUCAUGCCCCUAAAAAAAGACACACGAGUUACAAACUUUGUAUCCUUCGGGAAAUGCACACUAAUGCAAUAUCCGUUAUUCUAGCAAAUGUCUAAGUUUAUAACAGCAAUAUUUAAAAUGUCCCCUAUUUUGGGCCUUCCUUCUCCAUUAUUUUAUGCUUUGACCAGAUUUCUUGCACUAAAAGGUUAAGAGGUAUGCUGUGGUGGUAUCUGUAGAGAAUAGAGAGCCGAGGAGAAUUGCUGACAGAAUAAACGAAGCACUGUUUGUGGAUGUGCAGUGAAAACUAGAAUCGAAUUGAAAAAUAUAAUACAACACAAUAGCUGAGUGGCAAGACUUCUGCCUUACAGCUCACGAUUAUGCAGCAGUAUGACAAGUGCACAGACUAAACAGGACAAGUGAUUUUUAUCAUUCUGCAGGUCCUAUUGUACCCAUGCUCUUCUGGCACUUUACACGCUCCAUCGCAGAGACUUGAUUAAACCAAUUACUUUCCAAUAUUCGUGUUAUUCUAGUCAGCUGCCAGGCAAAUAAUAUAAUGCAUGGCAUUCUGGAGGACAGCCAAUUUAUCUACUAAAAUACGUUGGGACCGAGAAAAGACAACUUACAAAAAUCGACUUUUACUAAUUUCAGAAAAAAACAUACAAACUCUACCGAGAAAGAGGCGUAGAGAAAUACGCCUACAAAAAUCACAGUAGUGUAACAAUACUGCCCAUUAUAUACAGCUGUUGUCACGUUACUACUACCCAACCUUCAACUACCAUACUUAUAUACUCAAGACUAUUAAUUAUAAGGGACUUUUCUGACAUUUUCGAGUAAUUAUAAUUCCCACUCUUGUAGAAAAACAUCAAGAACGUCAGAAGAAAUUUUAAGACAAAAGGCAAAAACAGGCGAGAGAUACUCGGUCAGAGCAAACUGCCGACUUUAGAUGAGCUGUUAAAAAUGUUCAUCUGCGAGAAUGAGAGUUGCCACGGCUGUUGCUCCCCCUCUUCAUAGCGAAGUUCCAAUUUAACUUGACAAUCUUUUCUGGAAGAGAAACAAUGUUUCUAUACAGAGUUUUUGUUUAAUUAUAAAACGCUUUCCCUUUUUUGCUCAACACGCAAAUCAACCUUGAGAAAAAAAAAACGCUUCUACAAAACAUUGCAUAGAUUAGCAACGGUACAGAGGUGUAACCUAUAACUCAAGGCACAUCUUAUGAUCGUCACUGCUUCGUGAAGCUCGACUUUGAACUACAUCUUGUAUGUGGCAUCCAUAUGACUUGUGAAGGAAAACGUAGUAAUAAAUUAAUGCAUUCAAUAAGGCCAGAAUUUAAAAAAAGUUUGAAUAGUGUAGCUAGAUACACGCUCUUCAUUAUUCUUAAUGUUAGUUAACUUAUGCAAGUUUCACGUCUUCAGUAACAAAUACUAUUGACACACAUAACAUGGCUGAAAAGGACUAGUCUCAUUUCUAUUGACGUCAUGGGGUAUACGGGCAUGGCAACUUGUGCUAGAGGCAAAGUUUGGUAAUGCUAGUGGGGGAAUUGUCAUAUUUUGCGACUUAAUAGUGAAGCUUACACUUUGUGGAGAGAUUUAGAAAGACAUUUCUGAAACAAUUUUCAAGUAUUUGGUAUUAAGUGUUGUCACAAUUGCCAAACCAUGUCCGAGGACUUGAGUAGUUUACAAUGGUCCCUUGAUAGGGAUGACUAUGAACUGCAAGAGGUGAUUGGAAGUGGAGCCACAGCUGUUGUGCAGGCAGCUUCUUGUAAGCCAAAGAAGGAGAAAGUAGCAAUUAAACGCAUCAACCUGGAAAAAUGUCAAACAAGCAUGGAUGAACUGCUGAAGGAAAUCCAAGCCAUGAGUCAGUGCCAUCACCCAAAUAUUGUUUCAUACUAUACUUCUUUUGUGGUGAAAGAUGAGCUUUGGCUGGUGAUGAAGUUACUGAGUGGUGGGUCUGUCUUAGAUAUAAUAAAGCAUAUAAUUUCAAAAGGAGAACACAAGAAUGGUGUCCUGGAUGAGCCUUGUAUUGCAACAAUCUUAAAAGAAGUGCUGGAGGGAUUGGAGUACCUGCACAAGAAUGGACAGAUUCACAGGGAUGUGAAAGCAGGCAACAUUCUUCUUGGUGAGGAUGGCUCAGUACAGAUUGCAGAUUUUGGUGUGAGCGCAUUUUUAGCAACAGGUGGUGACAUCACUAGGAAUAAAGUAAGGAAGACCUUUGUCGGCACACCAUGUUGGAUGGCUCCGGAGGUCAUGGAGCAGGUUCGAGGGUAUGACUUCAAAGCAGAUAUCUGGAGCUUUGGAAUAACUGCAAUAGAACUGGCAACAGGGGCAGCUCCUUACCACAAAUACCCACCAAUGAAAGUAUUGAUGCUAACCCUUCAGAAUGAUCCACCAACACUGGAGACUGGUGUACAUGAUAAAGAAAUGCUAAAAAAGUAUGGGAAAUCUUUUAGGAAGAUGAUUUCACAAUGUCUACAGAAGGACCCUGAAAAAAGGCCAACAGCAGCUGAACUGCUAAAACAUAAAUUUUUCCAAAAAGCUAAGAAUAGAGAAUUCCUGCAAGAAAAGUUGUUGCAAAGAGCACCAACUAUUACUGAAAGAGCGAGAAAGGUUAAAAGAGUGCCUGGUUCCAGUGGGCGUCUACACAAAACAGAAGAUGGCGACUGGGAGUGGAGUGAUGAUGAACUUGAUGAAGAAAGUGAAGAAGGAAGAGCAGCAGUGGCACAGCUUAGAUCACCAAGAGUAAAAGACUCUGCACAACCAUCAGAGCUGUUUCCUCCAGUUGAUUCUUCUGGUGUAAGCCUUCAGCCAUCUGGACAAGCCCCACCUCAACUACCUCAGCCUGCAGGGCACAUCACUGCACAACCCACUCAGAUCCAAGUUCCUCUUCCUCCCCAGACAGCAGCAGCACCACCAGCACCUCAGCAACCAGCUGCACAGAUGCCACCUGCUGCAUCAGCCCCAGUUGCCCCACCACCAGCCCAAGAAGAACCCAGCUCUCCCAUUAGUCUUGUACUAAGGUUAAGAAAUAUGAAGAAAGAGCUGAAUGAUAUACGAUUUGAAUUCACCCGAGGGAGAGAUACAGCUGAUGGUGUUUCUCAAGAACUUGUUUCUGCUGGACUUGUUGAUGGCAGGGACCUAGUAAUAGUUGCAGCUAACUUGCAAAAAAUAGUAGAAGAGCCUCAAGCAAACAGAUCUGUCACUUUCAGAUUGGCUUCUGGUGUUGAAGGUACUGAUAUCCCUGAUGAUGUUAAACUUAUAGGAUUUGCACAGCUCAGCAUCAGCUAAUUAAUUAACUGCAAGCAAUUUACAUUGAAGAUAUCCACUUGUGCAUAUUUCAGUGACUUCAGCUGGCCUAAAGAAACCACUGCUGCCAAAGAAUUGAACUGUAACCCCCAUAGGAGCUUUGUUUUAUAACUAGAGUUACAUAGUGUUGUAAUCCAGCUUAUAGGAAUCGCACGAAGUUUACAGAAAAUAUAAGCAACAGCUGAGCAUCCACAAAGGCUUGAAUCAGUUUUUAAUAACUUGUGGAGUUGAGUGUUUAUGAACCUGCUGUAUUGCUAGUUUAUUGUUGCCUUAUUUAACAGUGCUACUAAAUAUGAAGACGGGAGCAGCACUACCACUGCCACCAUGAUGCCACAGUGGAGCAGACUGUGUGGUUUCCUUAGCUCAUGUUGACCUGAAGGACGGACUGUUGUACCAGGCUUGUCAAACUGUGGUCUGCAUGGUUUUACCAUUGUCUUAGGAUUAUGGACUUUAACUGGAAAUCUUCCAUAUAUGGUUGUUAUAUUUUUCUCUCUAAUGCUGGUAGUGAUUCAUCUACUCUAUUCUUGUUUUUUUCUGGAAGAAAAAGUAACAGAUAUGUUGUAAUAAAACAAAAUCCAGUAGCCAGACAAAGAAUAUUAGCAUACAUUUUAAAAUGUGUUUUCUUUGUAUUAAAACAGAGUAGGUAACACUGCAGAAACAGUAAUGCAGUUCCUAAUUGUUUCCAGCAGUGUUAAUAAAUUUCAGUGAGUCUGAACAAGGUCAAACACUAGCCACAGCAGCUGGUAUGUUUUAUCACCUUGAAGAGUAACAUAUGAUCUCUGCUUCAUUAUCAGCUGAACCAUUUCCCAUUUUUGAAUAUGUAACUUAACUCGUGUCUGUGUAUCCACUGCAUCUCUACAUGUUUUUUAUGUUUAGCUUUUCUUAACCAGAGCAGUGUUCUGGCUAUGUUGAUUCUGUUUCAAGCUGUACUAAAAUCGUGAUGUGACAUGUACAGUUGGUAAACAUUACUGGCAGUGUGAUAGUGAGUUGAUGUAGCGGCAACAGAAGUCUGGAGUGCAUUACAUAUUGACAGUGAGCAUAGCUGAAUGUUGAGCAGGAGCCCUUUUACUUGGAAGGAAUACAGAACCAACCCUGAACCACUAUUAUGUGAUAACUUGCGUAGUCAGUGAGCUCGGAAGCAGAAGACACUCCUUAAUACCUUAGCAUGAUCUUUAAAUGUGCUAGUUUUUGGGCAGCUGGAAGAGCAGGUGAGGUACUUGAGUGGCUGUAGUGACUGCCUUCUUGUUAUUGAUGACUUAAGAAUGAUUAAGUGCUCUAUAGUUUGUGCUGAAGCGGUGUAUUAUGCUGUCACUGUUCUGUCUGUUUUAGUGGUCUUCAAGAAGUAAGUUGUGUUAAAGUGGGUGAUUCUGCCCAGUGUUCUGUAGACUACAAAAUCUGCCUUUAAAUCAGAGCCAGCCAUACCACAGAGCGGCCAUGUAAGGUGGGGAAGAGUAUAUGUGUGUGUGGGCAAGGAUGGCAUGAGAACAGUUGCAGCUGACUGGUAGCACAGAUUGCCGAUAUUGUGUCCAUGUGCUGUAUUUCAGAUCUUUGUAAAGUUGUCUUUAUUUACUGCAGCAUAUUAUUAACUAGUCGGUAACCAUUGUUGCAGAAUUAGCUGCAUUUUAUGGCACUUCAGGAAAAUCUCUGCAUGCAAACUGCACCAUGAUCAGACUGUCCAUGCAGUUAGCACCAUCUAUUUCAGGAAUUGAAGAAUGCAGCUUUAUCACUUAUUAGCUCUGAAGAUUUCAAAUGUAGGGAUGUAGUCAACACAGAUAAAACUAGGAGAUUAUAAUAACCUGAAUUAAUGCUUCACAGAUUUUGGUGUAUGUACAGAAUGUGUAGGAACUCAAAUACAAAAUUUGAAUUGUCUAGUAUGGUCUUCCCAUUAACACCGAUUAUCAAUUGCAUUGUGCCAUAGUAGUCAAGAUAAGUUAACUUGGAUAGUGGUUAUGGUGUUUGGACUGAAUUGUGAUGCAUAGCUGUAAGUAUGUGCAUAGUACACACGGAUUUGCUAUGAAGAAAACUGUUCAUAAAUGAUGCAGCAGGUGAAUCCAGAAGCAGUAUUUCUUGAGGAUUGAAUGCUUUUUAGCUAGUAACAUUCAAAUAUGUUAUAAAAACAGGAAUAAUAAAACUCAAGACUUUGGUUGUCUGACAGCCUAGUCAGUAGUAGAAAGUUAACCAAACAGAUCAUGCCUGGCAGUGAAAGUGAAAAUGCAGUUUUAGGAAGUUAACGUCAAUAACCAGUUAUACCAUUCUUUCCAUUACUUAUAUGACCCUGUUUGCUCCUGUGUUACCUCUUGCUCAUAACUACAGAUUUACCUAAAUGUUUUUUGUUUUUCUUCUACUUACCUGUGUAGCAGGUGGAGAGGAAGGUUAAGUGUAGCUCCCAGUUUUCAUAUGCAACAACAUUCUUAAAAAGGUAGUAAGGGAAUAAUCAUUAAGUACGGACUCUUACUACCCAAACACAUCCUAAUUCAAAGUUGAAGGGGCUUGUAUAAUUUAACUUGUACUAUAGUUUUGCUUUUGCUAUUUUCAUAUUUUAUAUAUAUUUAGUUUUCUGAGAGCACUGAAACCUUUCAAAAUGAUUAACCGUGGUUUGUAAACAUAAUGUUUUGGGAAAUUUAAUUUUUUUUCUGAGAAUCUGAGCCAUCUUGCCUGUUAGUACUAAGGACCCAUAGUCUGCUUUUUUUUUUUUCUUGACUGUAUCUGAUAGUCCACACUUUGGUCAGCUUCACUUCUAUUACAAUAAAUUUAUUUACAGCAGCACCAAGAAAAUAAUACAUGUAACUUUGAGAGGUUAUGCAAGUAAUUUCUUUAACUUUUGAUUCCAAAUUAUUAAUGCUUAGCAAAAUGUUUGUGUAGCUUUUUAUAAUAAGAUGUGUGGUGGAUAUGCUUUCAUUCACCUUUCUAUCCAUAUUAGAAGAUUGGGAAUCGUAGUCCCUGCUUGCUGUUUGUAUCCUGUUCUCAGUAUCUUUCUAGGAAUUAAUGAUACCUGAAUAUAACAACUCCUGUGGGGGAUAUACGAUGGUGUUACAGGACAGGCUUCUUUUACUCCCACCAGUGUCCAACAGGCUUUCAUCCUUGCUUCUGGAUGAUGUUCUUUUGCAGGGGAGAAGUUGUAAAUUUAUUCCACAUUUUUGCCCACUAAUAUUCUGAAUUUGUUGGUGAUGGAAGCUAGGACAUGCUUUGUUACUACCUGCAAAACCGUCCUGGUGGGUAUGAGAAAUAACACUAUUACCACAUUCCCCUAGACUUAAAAUAAAUCCACCCCUUCCAUAAACUCUCUCACAACAAACUGGCCGUUAUGCCUGUUUCUUGACUGCCCUGUUUUCUUCUCUUUUUCUUUACUGUUUAGCAUGUCAAGUCAUUUUUCAGUCAUAAGCUAAAUGGGCUGGCAGCUGGGGUGGGAACAGAAUUCCAUUCUGGUGUUUCAGUACACUAAAGCAGCAAUUAACAAAACAAGACCUACCAAGGUUUUCAGCUUUGGUUGCAAUAAAAAAAAAAAAAAGAUGGCAUAAAAUUCUAAAUUCCAUUAUGUCAUUGUGGCUAGCGAUCCCUUUUAAUUACUGUGCAAAUAAAACUUUCAGUAUUAAGUGCACAUAUUGCAGUCAGUAGUGCAGGUCCUUACAUGCUAGCUUAAAUAUGUUAUAUUGAAUGUUAUAAGCAUAACUUGCAGUUCUGUGUUAGGCUUAUUGCAGCAAAAAGUCAUAAAAUGAAUGAGCAUUAUCUGCUGGUGGACAACCAGAUGCCUGGGCUUAAUCAUUUUAGUAGACAUAUUUCUCAAAGGUGUGUGAUGUCCACUUCUGAUGUGGCCAUGCCUUGCAAUAAGAAAUUGUAAAAGGUGCCCUUAGUUCUUUUUGCCAUAUGCCAGUGGUUGCUUCACUGUGCCUCAUUAGUGUGGUUAUUCUUGGCCUUUUGGUCAUGUACUGUGCCAAGUACUAAUUAUUUCUUAUGUAUCAUAAUUACGAAGGAUUGUAGCUUUUUUACUAAAUUUAGUAAUUUCUCCGAGACUGUAGACAAAUCACUAACAAGUACUAUUGUGACAUCAGAUUCAAUUUAAAUAUUACCAUUUGCAGUUUUUAUUUGCCUGGAGAAGGAUUGUAAUGGUUCUAACUGCCAGCACUGUGGUAAUUUUAACAAAGAAAACUUUGUCUAGAAAAAACGCAGCUCUGUAGACAUUUUAGGUUAUUUCGGAUUGUGUGUUCUUAUCCCUCCAUUUGCAAAUAUUUCUCUUUACUCUUAUUCUGUUAAAGAAUGUUCUGAUGUAAAACUUCUAAAAAUGUAAGAGAAAACAAAUAAGAAAAGAGUGGCUGCAUGAUGCAGUGUGAUAAAGCUUUAACUACAACUCAGACAAUAGAGAUUGACUAGUGCCAGUGACCCAAUCAAUAGAAGUACCAGCUGGGGAAUGUGGACGUGAGCAGCUAAUAUCUGUACCUCCAUCUCUGGAGGUGACUGGUAUCCUGACCCACUGUUGUAGCAUGUAACAGUAAGGGUUGAAAUGCUGCGCCCACCUUCUAGUACAUUUCCAUGCUGUAGCCAGAUUCAAAGUAUGCAUAGAAGUGCAAGUCACUGGGCCAGUAUGCACACUUGUCUGUUAUAAGGGUACUGGGGUUUAAGUAAUCAUACCUUGAGUCACCUUAGGUAUACCACUUGACCUUUGAAAACCUGUGUAACAUUCUGUCCUGCAUACCAGAUUCUCAGUUACCAUCCUCAUAGAAACCAACUAGAUACUGGAAGGAUCAGGAUUAAUAUGAAGCUCUACAAGACCUUAUUGGCUCAAUUGGCUAUUAUCAACUUUGAUGCAUCAACUCAAAAGAUGUGGUGCCCAGUACCUUACCAAAUAGAUAAAGAAGGUGAAAUCUGUAGGUACUUUUUUGUAUUGUUGUACUAACCAGGUAGUCGGGCUAUCCACAGUUGUUCACACACUUGCACAUACAGUCAAAACACUCCAAAAGUCAUAAGUCUGAGUUCACUAGUGUAUAGUUAAAACAUCUUUGAAGCAAUGUCAUGUAUGUAGUGAGAAAAGUUACACUCAGUGGGUUUCCUUCAAAGAAAUAGUGUAAGGAAACAGUUGGAAGCAGCCUUAUAAAUACACACUCCAGAACAAGCAGUUUAUGUGAAUCAACUUUAGGUGCCAUUUUGACAUAAAAGCACAUCCGCACAUUUUUUCUUAAGAGCAUAUAUAUAUAUAUAUAUAUAUAUAUAUAUAUAUAUAUAUAUAUAUAUGUAAGCCGUCAACUAUUUAAACAGAGGUGACAGGGCAUUGGCAUAUUUUGGGCUUCCUUUAGCAUAAAAUUAUUCUAAAAGUAGUGCAAAAUAAGUAUUUGAGUUAGCCAGCAUGUCUCUAGCAGUUGCGUUUGAAUAUGAUUUUAAAACCGUGUAAGAAACUUCUCUGUGUGGAAUAUUUUCAGUCCAUAUAUCUCUAGUUAAUCACUGUAUAUUAAUCAGAUCAGACAAAAGUAGUAGAAGAAGCGAACUUAAACUCGUCUUAAGUAAAAAAAAUAAAUAUAUAUAUAUAAUUGUACAGAAUAAGUUCGCUACUACUUCUUUUGUCUGUUCUGAUUACUAUACAGUGAUUAACUAGAGAUAUAUGGACUGAAAAUCUUCCACGCAGAGAAGUUUCUUGCACUGUUUUGUUUUUGGGCCCACUACACAUGUUUAGUGGGUUGUUUUGAGACUUCGGGGAUACCACGGAGAUUACUUGUUUUUUUUUUUUUUUUUAAAUAUGAUUUUAAGAUGCUUGUCAAAGGAAGGCAUUGCUAGGGAAGACUUGCCAUAAAUGGAUGUUUGCAUGGUGAGUAAACCCACAGGUCACAAUUUACUGUACAAAUUACUUUCCCUUUCAGUAUCUACUGUUAGGAUGAAAUAGGAUAAACGUUUCGUAGGACUUUCUUUUUUUAUUUUUAUUUGGUUUUAAAAUAAAGCAAUUAUAAAACAAACAACUAUUUGCAUAGGUUCACAACUGAUCAGUACAUCAAAGUUCUACAUCAACAAUUAAUACUUCUUUUCAAGGAAGUCUUUAAGUUUAAGCCACAUAUGAAUGUAAUAUUAGAAGUACUCAUCUUUGUAGUCUGCAGUUCACUACUGCAAACAAUUUUUGCCAUACUAAAAUUCAAUACUAGAGGGGAUUAACUUUACUUUUCCAAUUUUUAAUAAUUACUUUUCUGGAUAUAGCAAGACUAGACCCAAGGGGAGGCACCUGGGUUUUUGGAAUUCUCAAAUUGGAGAACAUUCCUUUUUUUGACAUUCUGGAAUAAAGCACCUCAGCUGACUACAGGUGAAAUUACUUAAAAGUAACAUGGUUCUAAGAUGGAAUGCAAUGAAUGAAGAAGCCAUUUAUAGCAUGCUAGGGUGCAUAAUUUAGAAACCAACAAACCUUAAUGGUAUGAAAAUGUGUUUCUAUAGGGGAAGGGUGUGUGUGUGUGUGUGUGUGUAUAUAGAUACAUGCCUACAUCUGUACAGACACACACACACCAAAUUGCAUUUUGGUUAACUAACUUCACAUUGAUUGCAACACAAGCGAUAAAAAUAAUUGCGUGCACAUAACCAGUUGCACAGUUCACACAUGCCCUCCCACACUUGGACAUUCAGUCAAAACACUGAAUUGCACACACACCAUUUUAUUACCCUAGACCCCCCACACACACACACAUGCAUAUUUUUUCACUCGCGCACCUCAUACACAAACACACUACAGAAUAGGCACACUAACACAAUGAACCCUCAUGUUGUGGACUGUGCAUAGCCAACCCUGCUACUUUAUAUAUACUUACUCGGAGAUUGCACAUCAGCAAGGAAAGGGCAUGUUCUCUAUCCCUAUUGUACUCUGAUCUUACAAGUAUAAAAAAUACCAACUUUUCAAUUGGCUGUACAACAUUUACAACAUUAUUAGCAAAUCUUCCACUUGAGGGAUCAGGACAUAGCUGGAAACUUUAUUAGCUGUGUCUUUGAUCCAUUAAAUGGGAUCCGUCUAUAUAUUUAGAGAGAGAGAGGCAGUGAGAUAUUUAGUUAUGUGUAAACAAAACAAGAUUUGUUAUAUAUGGAGUUGCCUAUAGUAAUCACAUGAAUCUGUUUCAUUCUUAAGUUUCCUUGCAGAAACUUAAUGUGCAUGCAAAUGUCUAGCUGUAUGUGCUACAACUGGAGUGUAAAUAUAGGGAUUAUACUUUAUCUUGAAUGAAAUAAAUGAUAAAAAAAAUCUGGGUCCAUGUUCACAAAUGUGAAAGAUUUGUAGACUGGCAAAUGUGGUUUCUCAGAUUAAUGAAAGAUAGUUGUGUAGUAGUGUUUAUAAAUAUGAAGUGUUACCGAUAUGCACAGGUAUGUUUUACUAAGUGGUGUUCAUUUUUAUUGCAGUUUUAAAUCAGGUGUAGAAUAUAAGGCAUACAUUAUGCACGAUUAUGUAGUUUAUAGGACAUUUGGGUAACUGUGGUGCUUAUACAAAGGUAAUUAGUGUUAGCCUGGAGAGAGAGAUUUUUAAAUAAAAUGUAACAUAUUUAUUGACUUCACUCCUUUUCUCUUGCCAAAAGAUGUACAUUGUGUAAACUUUUAUUGGAAAAGGGACUAUUUUGAUUGCAUGGUUUCCUAGAUAUGUCACUAGAGAGGAAAUAACUCAUUGUUGCCAUAUGCAAUAAUUUGCUAAGAAUUAGACAGGCUGACUUGUUUGCCUGUGUGUAUUGGGAAACAUUUGAAUCAGUUAUAUCAUUAAAACAGCUGUUUCUGAGCAGUCUACCCAUCAAUUAUGCUGUGAAGAACUGUAUGUUUUCUUGUGUCAGGGGAAUUUUACUACAUAUUUCCACACAUUUUCUUUCUUUUACUACAUUUUAGAUAUUCUUUGUUGAUAUUACCCUUCUAUUGGUUGGACUGUCUGUGUGGUCCCUCUCAGUGGUAAUUUUGAAUUUGCUUCCGAGUAGAAAAUACGUUUGAAAUGACUGCAUGUUGCUUCUUGUGAAACUCAUUGUGUGGAUAGGAAGCAGCAUUUCCCAGGUAGCUACUGUUAAAUUGUGCAGGAAUUUGAACAUCAUUAAUAUGAGCUGUGGUGUGCCAGUAACUGGGUACUGCAGUUCAAAUAAGUGAAAUAAAAAAGCCGUAGCAGUUGAAGCUUUUCCGAGUAGUACCAAAUUAUGUGGAUAGUGGAUUUUGGCAUAAAGAAAAUAUUUAAAAAAAAAAUUCCAACAUUAGUGUUCUUAGGAAAUAAAAUUGUUCAAAUUUGGUACAACACUUAGUAAGAAGUGUACCUUCUAUUUUGUCGCCCAGACAGAAACUGCCAUAAUAGAUGCAUUCUCAUUUUCUACGCAAAUAGGAAAGUACCUUUAGUUAUUUUUUCUUCUUGGCCUUAUACCUCACCAUCAAGGCCUUUCACCCCAUCCAGUUGACCUGUUUUUUUUUCCCUCCUGGGCCAAGAGUCAAAGUGGUGCCAUAAUGCGUCAUGGAGUUGAGAGAAUUUGUUUAAGUCGUACUCCUCACAUAUGCCUAAUUAAGAGCUGUUAGGUUUAGGCAUGAAAUGUGCAUAGCUCAGGGCUGUCAUUGGCUUCUCCAAGAGAUAGCCUGCAUAUGUCUCCAUUAGUCUUAGAGUGAAUGACUCAAUAGGUUUUGUGACCUCCACAGAGGAACUAAUAUGGAAUGGCAGUCCCCAAAUGUGUGCCCCACCUUCACCAAGAGAGGCAAAUACGCAUAGCCCCAUCAGUCCUGUCCCACUCAUAGUCCUCUCCUUCACUAAAGGGCUGCUAAUCAAACUUUUGUCAUUUGGGUCAUAGUCUGGGUUGUAUCCCAUUACCCAGUGGAUCAAAUGCAUUUAGUUAUUUCAUUAGAAAUGUAUGCAUAGUAAGUGAAACAUUGAGAGCUGAGUGCCAUAACUUUCAUUGAAAGUGACCUUUUAUUUCCCAGUUUACAUUAAUCCAAGUCUCACAGAUAGCUGCAAAGAGUUUAGACACAAAGCAAAACAAAAGGAUUGCAUAAGUCUUCGUUAUGCAAGUUGUAUAAGAUUGUGGAGAAUGUGUACAUUUGUUCUCGUCUUUAAUUUUUCUCUAGGUAGUGGUGAAUAUUGGAAUAGACUGUGUCAUUGUGAAUGGUCAGAAUAGCAGAUGGAACUGCACAAAACACACUUUUUGUUUUGUUUU